AUGGGCCUCAUAACGAAAUCUCUCCAUAUUGGCGCUGACCUCAUCGCCGUAUCUGCUAUUUUGGCAGGUAUUAGAAGAAAUACAGGUUUGACCCCAAAUCUCGACAAGCUUCCAAACGAGAAUGCUCAGUUUUACGCAAAAAAGUAUUUGGGAAUCGGCGAAUCCGUCUUCGAUUACUCGUCCGCAUACUUGGGGUCGUCCGAAUACUUUAAGCGCUCGUGA